AUGAUACCGACCAGAGAGACGAUUCAAGCAACAAAAUCUUUGCAUAGAGAGAAAACCAUUGACCCACCAGUGCCUGAGCGAGUCAGACGAAAACCUGUAGCUUCAAGACUUUCAGGCUCAAGACGCUCCCGCCCCAGUAUUCGAACGCGUUUGAACUCGUGGGAACGUGAGAUGGAGGAGCCAUUAUGGAGAAAUUCAAGACCGGUAGCUGUUGACACUCCGACGGCAGAACCGGGCGUCUCGGAUGAGAUGGACAUUCAAGAGCCGCACUCGCAAUUUGGCGGUAUUCCUCAUUCAAAUGACAUAGACAAUGAUCCCAAUUCAAGGGUGUCGGGAGAUUGGCAACAAGUGGAAAAUCUUUAUCCAAACUACAACUAUAGCGGGGAUAUCGGACAUGGCAAUAUCCACGAUAUGAACGACUUCUCCUCGACCACCAUUGACACCCAAAGAGUCAAAAUCCCCCCACCUCUCACUCUAAAACCCGCUUCAAGUACCACACAGCCAACCCCAAAGUCCGGCCUCCAAGACAUAGCCCUCAUCGCAACAAUCUGCGCAGCUCACUUCCUCACGCAAGCAGGUCUCGCCCAAUCAAUCGCACCCAUCCCCAACAUCUCUCAGAGUUUCACCACUCCAACCCACACCCCAUCACCAUCCUGGUACAGCGCCGCGUACUCUCUAACAGUCGGGACAUUCAUCCUCCCAUCCGGCCGCCUCGGCGACAUCUACGGCCUAAAACGACUCUUCAUCAUCGGCUGGCUAUGGUUCGCCCUCUCAUCUCUCAGCGCGGGUUUCAAUCCUCGAAUCCUAGAAACCAUCGACCAGCAAUCUAGCUCACGGGGAGAAGCGUUUUUCUGCGUCUGCAGAGCGUUGCAGGGAAUUGGGCCUGCGCUGUUGAUGCCGAACGGUCUCGGAAUUCUCGGUCGCAGAUAUGAAGGGAAGAGGAAGAAUAUGGCGUUUGCGUUUUUUGGCGCCAGUGCGCCGGUGGGAUUUGUGGUUGGUGCUGUCAUGUCUAGUCUUUUGGCGGAAAAGAUACAUUGGGUUUGGGCGUACUGGGCGCAGGCUAUUGUGUGUCUGGUUAUGGCUGUCGUCUCGCUUAUGGUCAUACCGUCUAUUCCAGCGAGCAGCCAAGAAAAUGCUACCACCGCAGAAGGAAGUUCCGAAGUGGAAUCAAUAUGGAAACGACUCGACGUCCCAGGCGCCAUCACGGGUGUCACAGCUCUCAUCCUCAUCAACAUCGCGCUCAACCAAGCAACACUAGUCUCCUGGUCCACACCCUACACCUACUUCAUCCUCAUCAUCGGCCUCAUCCUCCUCACCCUCUUCCUCUUCCUCGAAUUCACCCCCUCCCUAACACCGCACCCGCUCAUCCCACCCCCCCUCCUCACCCUCGACACAAGCUUCAUCCUCAUCUGCAUCGCCUUCGGCUGGGCCACCUUCGGCAUCUGGAUCUUCUACCUGUGGUCCUACCUCUCCACGCUCCGCACCCUCCCCCCUUUACAGACGAGCCUGCAAUUCUCCCCCGCAGCCCCCUCCGGCCUCCUCGCCGCCCUCACAACCGGCUUCCUGCUCUCCAAAACCACACCCCAAAUCCUCAUGCUCCUAUCCAUGUGCGCCUUCUUCACCGGCACCACGCUCAUCGCCACCGCCCCUGUGAAUCAGACAUACUGGGCGCAAACCCUCCUCUCCAUCCUCGUCAUGCCCUGGGGAAUGGACAUGUCAUUCCCCUCGGCGACGAUCUUGCUCAGCGGCAAAGUGGCGCCGGAACACCAGGGCGUGGCGAUGAGUCUGGUGAAUACGGUUGUGAAUUACUCGAUUAGCGUGGGGUUGGGGCUGGCGGGGACGGUGGAACGGGGGGUGGAUGGGGAUGGUACGGGGGUUUUGAGGGGGUUUAGGGGGGCGUGGUAUUUGGGGAUGGGGUUGAGUGGGGUGGGGAUUGUGGUGGCGGUUGUAUUUUUGGUGGGGACGGUGGGGAAGGGGGGAGGGUGGUGGAGAAGUUUGAGAGGGUAG